AUUUUUAUAUCAAACUGAACCUAUAAUACUUGUGUCAUAGCCACUAUUAUUAUUCUAUUCCUGCAUAGCAUAUCAAAAGGACUCCCAAGAUCAACAGACCUACUUUUUCCUUUUUCUUUCUUUCUUUCUUUCUUUCUUGCAUAUGAUCAAUGGCUGUAACAUGCUUUUCUUCUCCUCAGAUCUUACUUCAAAAAUCUGGUCCAGUUAUAAAGCCAAGAAGCAAUGAAAUUGCGAUGCUUAGACAUGGUCAAAUUCCACUCAAGAAAACACCUGCACUUCAAGUCAGAUCAUUCAAGAACAAGCAGGUCUUUGAGAAUCAAUCUGAGGGCAUAAUUUGUUACAGAGAUGAAAAUGGAGAAAUAAUAUGUGAAGGGUUUGACGAAGGCCCUAGGUUCCACCAACAACUUUCAAGAACAUCAUCAUCAUCAUCGCCAUCAUACGAUUCAAGAGAUGCCGAGAUUAUCAAUCUGCUUCAUCAAAGAUUGCUUCAAGUUGUUAAUGGUGGUGAGUUUAACAGUGCUGACAAUGGUGUUCCUGCUGUGCAAGACGACUUCAAAUGGAAUGGCUUCAACAAAUUCUGCUGAUCGAUUACCAACUCUUUUUCAAUUUCAUCAGUGCAUCCAAAAUAAUGUGUGUCGAGUAUAUGAAAAGAAAAAAGAAAAAGAAGGAAAUCAUUUCUUACACUCUCACAAUGUAAAUAGUGAGCUUAAAAAAGAACUUUUAUCUAUCUUGGAAACAGUUUCCUUUUCCAUUCUGUAUAUAAAAAUUUCAGGAUUUUCCUUUCCCUCCUA